AUGAUCCAGUCUUCAGCUCAAGUGACCAUUAUUGAGCAACAUCAUGUCGGUCCGGCCGGGAUAAACGACAACAGUGGUAUUUUUUCGCUUGAAGUGCCUCCAGACUGUACAGUAUUUACACUCAAAGAGUUUAUCCAAGCAGAAUCCCAGAUUCCCAUAGCCUCCCAGAAUCUCUAUUACAACGGACAACUCCUCAGCAAUGACUCUAAAACCCUAGAACAGCUAAAUAUCGGUGACGGCGAAAUGUUAGCUAUACAUGUGAGAGAUGUGGGAGAUAGGUCUACUCAGCUCGGAAGUCAGCGCACAAACCAAACAUCCUCAAGACAAGGACAAAGAGCCCUGCAUGGUGAUGUAGACGCUGAAACGAUUCGACUACAGCUGCUGGGAAAUCCCUCAGCACGUGCACAAGCUGCAAGCCAACGACCAGAGCUAAUAGAUGUGAUCGAGAGCCCUGAGAGAUUUGCUUCUUUGUUUAACCAGAUGAAAGAUCAGGAAAGGAUCGAGCAGGCUCGGAGAAGACAACAGAUUGCUGACCUUAAUGCGGAUCCGUUUGAUGUCGAUGCCCAAUCGAGGAUUGCGGAAAUUAUUCGAGAGGAACGUGUUCAAGAGAAUCUCCAAAGCGCCAUAGAGCAUAACCCCGAAGUUUUUGGGCACGUCCAUAUGCUCUAUAUUGAUGUCGAGGUAAACGGUAUAAAAGUGAAGGCAUUCGUUGACUCUGGCGCCCAAGCUACAAUAAUGUCGCCCUCUUGUGCCGAAUCUUGUGGCAUCAUGCGACUAGUAGAUAAGCGCUUUGCUGGAGUAGCACGUGGUGUAGGUACUGCCGCGAUUAUUGGAAAGGUCCACUGUGCACAAAUCAAAAUUGGGUCCCUCUUUUUACCCUGCAGCUUUACGGUCAUGGAGGGUAAAAAUGUCGAUUUACUCCUAGGUCUAGACAUGCUCAAACGUCAUCAGGCAUGUAUCGACUUAUCUCAAGGUAAGCUCGUUAUCCAAGGCACCGAGGUACCUUUUCUCGGAGAAGCAGAUAUUCCAAAAUUCUUUGAAUCUGAGCUACCUAAGAUCAUUCGACCUACAGGAACUUCAAUGCACAGCAAAUCAGGCGAUAACCAGACUUCCCGGACGGCAGAAAUCCGAAAACCGUCACAAACUUCAGUGCCAAUCGAACGGCCCACGUUUCCCACUAAAGAUAUUGAGCAACUAGUAGCAUUGGGGUUUUCUAUAAACGAAGCAACACAAGCUUUGGCGGCUUGCGGUGGAAAUGUUGAAUAUGCUGCAGGAUUAUUAUUUCAGGGAUGA